UCUGGUAAACAGACAUGGAAGCACCAGGUGAAGACCUCCACAGAGGCUGAGCACUGCAUUCGCUCUUUCCCAUCGUCUUCUGUCUCCUUCAACCAGUGCAUCCAGCUGAUAUCUAUUCGCCUGGUGUGCCGUCUACGUCCAGAGCAUACGGAGCCUUGAUUUCAUCUCCAGUGUGUGUAGCAGCCAGCAAAUAUCUAAACUGAUGAGGAUCGACUGAUUGAGUAAAAAUAAAGUUCCUUUUAAUCAUAUUUUUCCAAGCGGAAAGAAUGUCGGAAAGGGCCGAGGAUGACGUCAGGGGGGAACAGCGCCGAGCGGCCAAGCAGCAGCUGAAGCAGCAGCAGCAGCAGAUCCAGCGGGGAGAAGGCUCCACAGCAAUGGCGACUGUUGCGGAGCGGAGAUCCUUGCCUAGUCCAGAAAUAAUGCUGGGACAGCCUUGGAGCAACUGGGUCGACGUCGCCAAACUCCACGGCAACGACGGUGCUGAAUCGGAGGAAAGUUUCAAAGACUUGGGGAAAAAUCGAGAAGCCAUGCGUUUGUGCAGAGAAGACAUGCCUAUAUUCGGACAGUGCCCCGCACAGGACGACUUCUACCUGGUGAUGUGCAGCCAUUGCAGUCAGGUAGUCAAGCCCCAAGCCUUCCAAGCACAUUGUGAGAGAAGACACAGUUCAGCCAGCAAGCAGGCCUCAACGUCGCCCUUCUCCGUGUCAGGCAGGAGCCGGAGCAGUGGGCUUGUGUCUGGGCUGAGCUCAGGGGCUAUUGCUGGAUUAGCGAGUGGAGGCAGACCUUCCAUCACUGGAUCUAGCUUAUCCUCCUCUUUGAUGUCCUCCUCCAAUCCAAAACUUCUCAAGCCAGAAGAGAAGAGAACCAAAGAGAAGUUGCCAGGCAUUCAGCGACGACCUCCCUUUGCACCCUUCAGGGUGCUCCAGCCAGACAAAAUCCUCACUCCGGCUGUCAAAGUGGAGAAGAUGCAUCUGAGGGUGGACCCUUCAUCUAAGCUGGUGCAGACCCCAUCUGCCCCCGCCACCACCUCAUCCUCCUCCACAUUCUCCUCUAGCACCACUGUGAGCUCCAACACUACCACCCUCACCACCUCCUCUCCAGCCCUUAAACCAGGCCUUAACUGUCCCUCCAUACCAAAGCCUCCAUUAUUGGCCCCGGGGCAGAUCCCCAACGGCAAGGGCCACCUCUCGGACAAGAAGCAGGACAGCGCCAGUAGCAGACGCCACAUUAGCAAGAAAGUGUCAGAGCGUGAAUUCAAUCCAGAUAUCCACUGUGGCGUUGUGGAUAUGACAACUAGGAAACCAUGCACAAGAUCUCUAACAUGCAAGACACAUUCCUUAAGCCAGCGCAGGGCGGUGCCAGGGCGGAGGAAACGCUUUGACACGUUGCUGGCGGAGCACAAGAACAGAGCAAGGGAGAGGGAGAGAGAACGAGAACUCCACCAACCCCAUUCCCAGCAACCCCCCCCUCUCAGGGAACUACACCCCUCCUCCCACCUUGCCACUGCACAUGAUGCCCACCAAGUGGCUCAUGGCAAUGGCCCCGCCCCAGACGCCACCAAGCCUUUGCCAGUCAGCAGGCCCAAAUACCACAGCCCUGGUCUUCCACGAUUAAACAACAGUCACGGAGGUACUACCCCCGUAGACCCUGCAGUAGUCCACGAGUCACCACAUCAUCACCAGACUAUACCAGAUGGGUUUUCCCGACCGUCCAGUGACGAGGGGGAGAACGAGGAGCGGGAGGACAACAGCGACAAGCUGGACUGUCACUAUUCAGGUUAUCACCCUCGACCGGCAGCUUACUGUACCUUUGGAAGUCGACUGUUUGGGAGAGGCUAUUACUCCUUUGACAGGCGUUUAGACAGAGUGAGAUGUGCCCUAACCACAAUGAUGGACAAGCAUGUCAACUCUCAGAUGUGGAAGAAAAUCCCCUUGGCCUUGGAGAACUCCUCCUCUGUUGCACCUACUCAUAGGACAAGCACAAAUUCCCAUGGUAGCACUCCCACUUCAGGCUUCCUGGGCCCCCCUGCCACCUUGCCCCAGACUCUUUAUAGCCAAUCCUAUGAGGGCAAGUCAGUGCUCUCUUAUGGGACCACCUUAAAUGCCCGCAGCUCCCCACAGGGUGGGGCUGAGCACCCGGCCUACGGCACCACGCAGGCCCGACAAGUGUCUUCGUCGCCGCAAAUGCCUUCAGCCCACUCAUCCUCGUCCUCUUCUUCAACUCCUUCCCUAGCCUCAGGCCGGGCGGUUAAGUCCCGCUCCUCCAGCAGCAACACUACCAAGUCCUCAUCAUCGUUCAGAGCCAAGGAGAUCUCUGGCUCCUCUACCCCUGUCAUGUCCAAUUCCACUGGUGGAGGCAGUAGUGGAGCCAACAUUAACAGUAGCAGCACUAGCUUCACCUCUGGAAAGAAGAGGAAGAACAGCUCCCUCCUCUCUUCAUCACAUGGCUCCUCUGAAGCCUCCUCAUCUAAUGCCAACUACACUUCCUCCUCCUCUUUCAAGAAGAACUGUGCAAAUGUUGGCAGCUCAGGGAGCAACUACCACCACAGCCCAUUAGGUCCUUCAUUGUCAUCAACAUUAUCUUCCUCCCACAGUGGAGUCCACAGUGUGGGGCUAAACUGUGGCCCUACUAUGCGGACCAACUCACUUAGCCUCAAGGCCGAGCCUUCUGGAGGUUCCGCGGGUGGCUUCUCUGGGCCUCCUGCACGAGGUCCUCCCUCUGGUAGCCCUGCAGAGUCCAUCAAGCGUAUGAGUGUGGUGAUGAACAGCAGUGACUCCACCCUGUCUCUGGGUCCCUUUGUCCACCACCAGUCCUCCUCUGACCACCACACCAGCUUCAGCCAUCACUCAGAUGGGCGUAUGGAGGGCAAGAAGCGCAAAAGCUCACCGGCAUCCAGUGGCAUUAACAGUGGUGGUGGUGGCGGAGGUCUUGGUGGAGGAGGAGGACCGGGACCAGGUAGACCGAAAAUGGCCAAGUCACCUGCCAUUAACAAUAUUCAUGGGAAGCAUGGGCGGAGCAUUCCUGGGACACCCGGGCUGCCCAACAACUCCCAUUUACAUCAGCCAAAGGCUCGUCCCUGACAUCGGUGUUGGACUUCACUGUACGGCACUGGCAUGCAGACAGGGAAUAGUCCAAAGGAGCCCAUAUGCUGCUCUGGACUGCACGAGGCCUUUUAACCCACAUUACUCUCAGCUUCCCACAAUCCUCAGGGUGGAGAUGAUCUGGACUGCCCAGUGAAGUCAAUGUGGUCCUUACUAGUUCUCCCAAAGCCAUGUGUGUGUCAGGGGCACAGCGGCACUGUGUGGGCAUAGUGGCAUCGAGUGCCAGGGGUCUAAUGAGCAAGCCGGGGACCCCCCUCGUGCAAAAUUUGAGAGGUCUUCCUGUUUGAUCAGAAGUAGGAGGAACAAUAGCAAGAACCACGGGCCUGUUGACCUGUGGUUCAAAACUCCUUUGGUUCAGGUUAAGGGCUGCUGCAGCGAGCCACCAUGAUGCUGAGCAAACUGGGGAGACCACAAGCCGAUCUCUUCUUUUUUUUUUUUUAAUGAAUGUGUGUGUGUGACUGUGCGUGCGUGUAUGAGUAUUGUUCUCAUGUAAGAUUCUGCUGUACUACUGGAAUUUCCAACUUGCGUACACCCCCAACGCCUGAUAUCAGAAGCCUUGGAAAAGAGAGCAGGAGAAGCAGUAAACUGUUACCUUGCAACACCUUAAACAACAACACACAAACUCACCUUGUUGUUUCAGUUUUACAUUAGUCCAACCCUCUCUGGCGGCACAUACAGUAAGCACGAGUUACACUCAGUAGCUUGAGAUAAGCCUGUAGAGAGAUGACCUGGUCAGUUUCUUCAUUACCCAGAAUAAUUAUGCAAGUGUUACCUUUUUAGGAUUUCCUAUGAGCUUUUUACACUGAACUACAAAUAGUCUUUGUAGGCCUGAUGAAGACAGUUGUUAAAUGUGAAAAGAACGCCUGAUGUGCCCAUCGGAGUUAUUCUUCUGUUGGAGAGGAGGCUUCCACGUGUGGACACCUGUUAACUAUGAAUCUUUUCAUUGUGCAGAAUAACAAAUGAAAGCCAGAGUAGACCUGCCCCCAACUGUGAACAGCACUAUAUAACUACUUUAUCCACAGGCUCCAGCCAAAAGCUUCUGUCAGCUUUGCCAACUCCUUUUUUUAUUUUUUUCUUAUAAACUAAGAAGUGGACAGUCUUGCUUGUGAAGGGGCGAUGGUGCAUUGCCUGUUUGGUUAUAAAGAAAAUCUGUGCAAACCAGAUUGUUAUGGCCACAGUUUACCUACUUUUCCCCUCACGCAGCUGUAGAUCCACAAGUAGAUGUGAAUUGUAACUUCUUAUUUUUUUUCCUAAAUACGGGAAUCAGGUAUGGUACGUCUAAACUGGAGCAACUUUUAUGUACGUCCCUCCUUUUGUGUAACCACUACUCAAGCUCUGGAUGUUAAUGUUUCAAUGCCUCAUUGUAACACUACGUGUGUGUUUUCAGAAGAGAUUUGUUGCCAGGCAUUUUACUCUAUUCCUUUGUCAAAAUGGAGUCUUAAAUCAGGCAGCGCUCGCCCACAUCACUGGGGUGACGGCUCACUUGGCAAAGAGGGUUUUACGGUGCGAGAUUCAUGGAGAUGGCUUCACGAGACAUAUUUGAACUUUUUGGUAGCCGGUUGAUUUAUGGAACCUCCACUGAUGUCAGACGUUGAGAAAAACAGAGACACCUUUUUUUAAAGAAUCUUAAGAGCUUUUUUCUUGUAGCCUAUGUAUCAAACUAGUCUUGAAGUAUCCCUAUUUCAGAAUACAUAUUUUGUUAACAGAUUGUACAUAGUGAAAUAUGUAUUUUUGCACAGGCAUUUUUCGUACACGCUAAAUUUUUGGUACAGUUAAAAAAGUCAUUAUUUAUUUAGUGAAAAAAAAAGAAAAGUCAGAGAACAGACUAUUUGAAGUGGUUCACUGCCAAGUUGAGAUAAUGCAAUACGCCUAUAUGUAGAAGCUGAAGCAUCUCAUGAAUCAUGUACUGAAAUCCUUUAUGGAACAAAGGUCCAGUGUUCCCACUGUAGCAUGCGUCUGUAUGAGAGGAAACCUUUAUUCACCUUCCAAGGUCUCAAUCACACGUGCUUUUACAAGACCUUUUACAUUGCCUAUAAAUCACCAUAACUUAAAAGAUACUAUGUGACCCAUUUGGCCUGUCAUUCUUUUGAAGUUAACUAGUUUCCACAGAUUCUAGUCACUUUUUUUAUCCUUAAACUCAUUUCACGAUCCAAACACUUUUAUAAGGCCGAAGGAACUUGAGCAGUUACUGCUAGAGGAAUACUUCAAACAAUCCAACUGUUGCAUUAUUGUUGCCAACCUAGUAAUUUGAUUCACAGCUUUCGGAGAAAUAGUUUGCAACUUUUCAAAGAAAUAUCAAGUUAAGAAAGUGCCUGAAUUAGUUUCACCCUGACUGUUUGGGGACAGUAUUCUUUGGGUUGUUUUACCUUACUUGAAUGUUCGAAGUAUUUAGGAGUUUGCUUUCAACUCUGCCUAUGAACCCUAAAAGUGGUAAAACCUGAGCAUGUCAGCUGCCCAGUACUUUAGUUUUUUUUUUUUGUUUUUUUUUUUAAA